UCAUUUGACCCUUGUUUGCCGGAUUGAAUUACUGUAAUGUGCCUCCUCACUUAACCAGUCUCCACUCCUGUGUAAUCAGACAUGCCCAGACACAAUAUGGAAACGCAGAAGAGUCAAUGGGAUCCGGUCCGGAGAUCACCGUGGAUCAUGAGAGUGGAGCAGAGCCCCGCCUCCUCGGGGGCGGAGUCAGACACCGAGGGCAGCAGCACAGAGAGCGAACGGCAUCGAGUCAAACAGGGAGGCGGAGUCUCGCUGACGUCACCGUCGAUGCUGCAGCAGCGAAUCACAGAGCUCGACCAGCAGAGGGAGGAGCUAAAGAUUGAGCUGCACCUGGAGGUGGCUCUGCUGCGAGGGGAGCUGCAGGCGGAGCAGGAGCGUCUGCGCAGACACACAGAGCAGCUGCAGGUGCUGCAGGAGAAGGACAGGCAGCGGAAGAGCCAGCGCUUGGCCAGCAGACACAAGGUCUGCAUCUGAUCUGUUCACCCUUAUGAUGCAUGAUUACUGUAGGGAUGCACGAUAUUAUCGGCCGAUAA